CCGAUCCCCUUCCGGACCCCCACGCGCCCCGACUGGCCGGCCCGCUGCGCGCCCCCUCUCCAACUUCUGCCCGCAGUUUGCAGGAAGGGAGCGAGCCCGUCGAACGCCGAGGACCGUGCGCGCUGACGUCACGGGUCGAGGCGCCGCGAGAGGGGCCCGUGAGGGGGGGCGUGGCCUGUAGGCGGAUAUAAAAGGGUAGCUGUGCGCGCGCGGCCGGCUUAUUGCGGCCGGUCAGUGGGGCGGGUGGAGGUGUUGUGCGGUUCGCGGCGGACGUCGGAGGCAGCGAGGAGCAGAGCGGGGCCGCCAGGACCUCGCUAGGGCCGCAGCGACAGCAGUUGGGCCCCCCGCCCCGGCAGGCGGCCGGAGAGCGCGGGAAGGGGGCCGGGGGGACCCGCCCCCGGCCGGCUGCAGUCAUGAACUCCAACGUGGAGAACCUGCCCCCCCACAUCAUCCGCCUGGUGUACAAGGAAGUGACGACGCUGACCGCUGACCCACCUGACGGCAUCAAAGUCUUUCCCAAUGAGGAGGACCUUACCGACCUGCAGGUCACCAUUGAGGGCCCUGAGGGGACCCCGUACGCUGGAGGCCUCUUCCGCAUGAAACUCCUGCUGGGGAAGGACUUUCCGGCCUCCCCGCCCAAGGGCUACUUCCUGACCAAGAUCUUCCACCCGAAUGUGGGCGCCAACGGCGAGAUCUGUGUCAACGUGCUCAAGAGGGACUGGACCGCUGAGCUGGGCAUCCGGCACGUGCUUCUGACCAUCAAGUGCCUGCUGAUCCACCCCAACCCCGAGUCGGCCCUCAACGAGGAGGCGGGCCGCCUGCUGCUGGAGAACUACGAGGAGUACGCGGCCCGCGCGCGCCUGCUCACUGAGAUCCAUGGCGGCGCCGGCGGGCCCAGCGGCGGGAGGCCUGAGCCUGGCCGCGCUGCGGCCAGCGGGGCAGCGGCCUCCAGUGCUGACCCCACAGCCCCGGGGGGUCCAGCGGGGGCUGAGGGGCCCAUGGCCAAGAAGCACGCGGGUGAGCGCGACAAGAAGCUGGCAGCCAAGAAAAAGACGGACAAGAAGCGGGCGCUGCGGCGCCUGUAGUGGGCUCUCUCCCCUCCCUUCCCACCUGACCCGACUCUGUCUCUAAGUUAUUUAAAUUAUGGCUGGGGUGGGGGAGGGCACGAGGGCACUGGGAUCUGGAUUUGUUUUUCUAAAUAAAGUUGGAAAAGCAGCUCUGUGCCUCCACCACCUGGGCUGUGAGCAGCGGGCACCCCACCCUGUCUGGGGUGCAGUGGUCGGUGGGGGCCUGGUUCUGCUCGUUCCUGCCCUUGUCCUGAAA